UUGCCGUGGGUGAUCGUUUCUGUUUUGAAUUCGCGUUUGAGGGUUUUCUUGGAGUAGAAGAUGAUCCUGUUUUCGCUGUAGACAGUGGUUUUGUCGACCGAAUUGAUCAGAAUCUUGGGACUUUGAGUUCUACCUCUGCUUUCAGGACUUGCUUUUAGACGGAGUUGGGGGUGAACCUCACGUUCUUUUUGUGGUGCUACCGGUUUGAUUUUUCUGCUUUUUAAGUGCGAGCAGCUGACGGAAAAUGGACGAUCCAGAAUUAGCCGCCAUCAGACAACGCCGGAUGCAGGAAAUGAUGGCCAAAAGUGGCGGUGGUGCUGGUGCUGGUGGGUCUUUUCCUCAGAACAAAGAGCAACAAGACGCCCAGGAAGAGCAGAAAAGAGAAGCUGAGGAACGCCGACAGAUGAUGUUGGCAAGAGUGUUGUCUUCUGAAGCUCGGGAGCGAUUAUCCCGAAUCGCACUGGUGAAACCGGAUAAGGCAAGAGGAGUGGAGGACUUAAUUUUGCGGAGUGCUCAAUAUGGACAGAUCACUGAAAAGGUUUCGGAGGAACGCUUGAUCUCUUUACUGGAACAGAUAAAUGAACAGACACAAAAGAAGACAACCAAAGUGACUAUCCAGCGUCGGAGAAGCGUUUUGGACGAAGAUGAUUAAAUAUGAAUCGUCCGAGCUGACCAGUUGUGACCUCCUCGUGGAAGGACUUGUAUUUGUAGAUUGGAUCAAGCACAACGUCGCUGAUCAGGAUUGUCUCCUUGGAAUGGAAUUGGUGAUUUGUAUUGCUCAAGUCAGCUCCAACCUGAAGCUGUUGUUGUUGGGGCACAGUUCUUAUGGUCUAGUCAAGGCUUGUGACUAGACGCACUACCACAGUUUUUCAUAAUUUUUUAUACUGUUGUAUAACGCCUUUGUAUUAUAGGUGGAUACAGUUUCAAUACAAAAUUGACUUGACAUUGAGUGCUUGUUACCUUCCACGUACUAAACAUCUCUUAAAGUGUCUAGUGCAGGAGUUUCGUUUAAAGUGUGGAAAUUAAAAGAUAAUGGAUUGU